CAACAACGUAUAAGAGUCUUCAAAGAUUGGCAUAUCCAUGAAGUUACCCACUUUAAAUUGCGGUUCACCCAGACAUCUUCUACCUCUGGCCUGGCGCCGUACUGUCCUUCAUUCUUCUAAUAGUUCGCCAGUCGAUCUCAAGUUCUUUCCGUUUCGCUAGCUGUUCUAGUUGUCGCUAGUCGACGUUGCUUUUACUGAUUAUUUUCACUCUUUUGAUUUUUGCAAGCAAGUCCUUCACGCGUGAUGCAGCUGUCGAUCAUUUUCGCUGUGCUAUUGUCAUGCAUUUUGAACAGCACCCCCUCUGAUGCAAUCCCUGCAAUGGCGCGUCACCAGGUACAGGGCCGGGCUAACCCAAUGAUGGUUACAAUGCCGCUGAAGCGGUUAUACGUUCCACGGACCGACGUCCACCCACAACUAAUUCUUCAACAACACAUCAAUCGGGGCAACAAACGUCUUGCGCGUAUGACUGGGCGUUCAGAACCUGCUGAACAUGAGCUCCGUGCAGAGAUGCACAAGAGGAUGUACCUUCUCGAAAGCGGUCCGGGCUCACGUAGCAGCGACACUACUGAGGCAGGAAGCACUUUUAGCAGACGGCAUUUGCGUCAUUCCAAACCUGCCACAGAUGCAGCAAGCAAUACUUCCGUCAGCAACACUGGUACUAGUGUCGUUUCCCCUCUCGACAUCCAGGCUGCUCAAAAUGGUGGUCUCACUGCUGCUAAUAAAACCACUGCUAACAAUACUCUUGGCCUCGCUAUCGAAGCGGAUGAUGUUGGGUACAUUGCAACUAUCCAGAUUGGCACUCCUCCCAAGAACUUCAAUAUUCUCAUGGAUUCUGGUUCCGCUGACUUCUGGGUCGGUAGUGAAACUUGCCAAUCUCAGCAGGGUGGUGGUUGCGGGAACCACACUUUUCUUGGCUCUCAGUCGUCAACCUCCUUCGUUCAGUCCAGUCAAAAUUUCAGUGUGACUUAUGGGUCUGGUGCCGUUGCUGGUGUUAUUUGCCAGGACAACGUCAACAUCGCAGGCUUGCAGCUCAACAACCAUACCUUCGGCGUAGCGAACGAGGAGACUGUACAGUUCUCUGCUGACACCGUGUCUUUUGAUGGACUGAUGGGCCUUGCUCAAUCAACACUUUCCAAUCAAAAGGUCCCGACUCCUGUGGAGUCUUUGACGUCCCAGGGUCUCAUUUCUUCGGCUAUAGCUUCCUUCAAGAUCUCACGUCUCGCUGAUCAACUCAAUGACGGUCAAGUGACUUUCGGUGGACUUGACUCCACUAAAUUUAUCGCCAGCUCCCUUGUUACUAUCCCCAAUGUCAACCAGCAAGGGUUCUGGGAGGGCGCUAUGGAUGCAAUCACGGUCAAUGGACAAAGCUCAGGCUUGACCGGGCGCACUGCCAUUCUCGACACCGGCACCACCCUCAUCAUUGCCCCGCAGGCAGACACCCAGGCAAUCAUGACUAUGCUUGGUGGUAAAUGUGAUACUCAGCAGUGCACGGUCCCAUGCACAACGAAUGCAAGCGUCGCGCUAUCCUUUGGCAAUGCGUCCUUUACUAUUGACCCCAGAGACAUGGCGCUGCUGCCUGUCGACCUCAACGCUCCGACUGGUGACUGCACAGCUGGGAUUCAGGCUGGCACCAUCGGGACGAACACGGAGUGGCUGGUCGGAGAUGUGUUUUUAAAGAAUGCUUAUUUCUCCGCGGAUACUCAGAAGAACCAAAUUUCUCUGGCCAAGCUUUCUACCCCGUGAACGACCAUUGGGCAUGGGGCGUAUUUGUUUUCUACCAGCAGGACUGGUUCUGCUUAGAUUCUGGAAGAAGGCAUCGAAUUAUCUUCAAGCUGUAUACUAGUAGUCAUUAUCCAUUGCAAUCAUUGAUGCAAGAUAUCAAU